UAUCCAGGGCAGGACUUCCGGGGCGGGUGGCCCCGGCGGAGGGAGGAGUGGCUGACAGUUGGCGCGGUCGGGAGGGCGGACGGGCUGCUCUCGGGGGUGCGGGCCCGCUGGGCCAGGCUCAUCAUGCAAAGCCACUGAGAUAUGCAUAUUCUCAGUUCCUGGCACAGAGUAAACACUCCCGAGGACCUGCCCCAUGGGCUUCGGAGGCAGAGAGAACUUGCUUUUGAAUCUCAGAAAGGCUCCAAGAAGCAGGGUCAAGGCCAGGGAGACGAUGGUCUCAGUGACUAUGGCCACUUCCGAGUGGAUCCAGUUCUUCAAGGAAGCUGGCAUUCCUCCAGGACCUGCUGUUAAUUAUGCUGUGAUGUUUGUGGAUAAUCGAAUCCAGAAGAGCAUGCUGCUAGAUCUCAAUAAGGAAAUCAUGAAUGAGUUGGGUGUGACUGUAGUGGGGGACAUCAUCGCCAUCCUCAAGCAUGCCAAGGUGGUACACCGCCAGGACAUGUGCAAAGCUGCCACUGAGUCAGUGCCCUGCAGCCCCAGCCCUGUCCAGGGUGAGCUUCGCCGUGGCGCCUCCAGCGCCGCUUCUCGAAUGAUCACCAACAGCCUGAACCAUGACUCUCCACCCCACACUCCCCCAAGGCGACCAGAUACCAGCACCUCCAAGAUCUCCGUCACUGUGUCCAACAAGAUGGCAGCGAAGAGUGCCAAGGCUGCCGCUCUGGCCCGCAGGGAGGAGGAGAGCCUGGUUGCUCCUACCAAGAGGCGACGGGUCACAGCCGAGAUGGAGGGAAAGUACAUCAUCCACAUGCCCAAGGGGACCACGCCCCGUACCCGCAAGAUCCUGGAGCAGCAGCAGGCAGCGAAAGGUCUCCAUAGAACAUCUGUGUUCGAUCGCCUUGGUGCUGAGACCAAGGUGGACACAACGGCAGGGACUAAGCCUACUGGAGUUUUCAGCCGCUUAGGGGCCACCCCAGAGAUGGAUGAGGAUUUGGCCUGGGACAGUGACAAUGACAGCAGCAGCUCUGUCCUGCCGUAUGCUGGAGUCCUGAAGAAGCUAGGCAGGGGUCCCACCAAGGCCAGUCCCCAGCCAGCAAUGACUAUCAAAGCCAAGGCUACCAGCUCGGCAAUCACAACAGCUCCGAGGCUGCGGCGCCUGGCACUUCCCUUUCGCCCUGGGCCAGAGAAGAAGCCGGAGUCCCUGCCCAAAGUCAGUGUCCUUCAGAGACUGGGCAAGACUGCUGUUGUGUCUGAGGCCCAGGACAGCCAGGUCACAAGCACCAAGAGCCCGACCGUCCGCCGCAUCCUGCCUGACCCUCCUGCACCUCUGACCUCCCAGCGGCCCCCUCGUCGACCGUGGCGUCGAACCUGUAAAGACUGUUAGCCUCCUUCCCAGGCUGGAGGGACACCCCACCCCCAGGUCCUGGCCUUCAGCUGGCUCACCGGGGCCUCCCUGCCCUGGCUGGCUUCCCUUGGUG